AUGCUUGGAGAUCACAGCAGUCUCCCCACAGACCGAGCUCUGCUCAGCCAGCCCCCCAAAACUGGACUCAGCUGCAAAAUGGUGCUCCAGGCAGUCGGCCAAGUGCUCAGGAAGUCUAAAGCAAAGCCCAACGGAAAGAAGCCUGCUGCCGAGGAGAAGAAGAUGUACCUGGAGCCAGAGUACACCAAGUCCAGAAUCACCGACGUCGGCUUCAAGGAGCUGGUGGUGCUGCCCCGGGAGAUCGACCUCAACGAGUGGCUGGCCAGCAACACCACCACAUUUUUCCACCACGUCAACCUGCAGUACAGCACCAUCUCAGAGUUCUGCACGGGAGAGGCCUGCCAGACGAUGGCCGUGUGCAACACACAGUACUACUGGUACGAUGAGCGGGGGAAGAAGGUCAAGUGCACUGCUCCCCAGUACGUCGAUUUUGUCAUGAGCUCCGUGCAGAAGCUGGUGACCGACGAGGAUGUGUUCCCCACGAAAUACGGCAGAGAAUUCCCCAGCUCCUUCGAGUCUCUGGUGAAGAAGAUCUGCAAGUACCUGUUCCACGUGUUGGCGCACAUUUACUGGUCCCACUUCAAGGAGACCCUGGCCCUUGAGCUACAUGGACACUUGAACACGCUCUACGUCCACUUCAUCCUCUUCGCCAGGGAGUUCAACUUGCUCGACUCCAAAGACACCGCCGUCAUGGACGACCUCACGGAGGUGCUGUGCAGCGGCGGGGGCCGCGGCGGGGGCGGCGGGGAAGGGGCCGGCGGCGGGGGCGCGGGGGCACAGAACCACGGGAAGGAGAGGUGAGCCCCCGGCCGACAGGCGCGCACAUGUGCAGAGAGACGGUGGUGCACGUGCUUGCGUGUGCGCACACGCCCCGGGCACGCUCGGCGGGAGGCCUGAGAGGUUGCCGCUGCCCCCCACCCGGCCCGGGCGCGCCGAGUGUGGGCUCCCCGGACGCUGGCGGGCCACGCAUCGGACUGGCCCCCUGCCGGGGUUUUCCUGUUGGAUGGAUGAGUGCCGCUUGUCAAGAAGGACCUUUGGAUUUCAUUCAUUCGCUCAACAAACGUUUAUGGACUGCCGGUCUGAGUUUCCUUCUCCUGUGGGGCUUUCCUUUCCUUGGUCUUCCGUGUGGCCCCCGCCCCUGCCUCCCCCUGCCCUGGGGGCUCUGCUGUUUGAGAGAAGUACACCCGUGGGAGCUGGGGCUCCUUCCCAGGAGGGACUUGGGCUCACUUUGGUUUGUUUCCAGGGUGGGGCUGUUUUAGAGAUUCCUCCCCGCUCCCCCUCAGGCCGCCCUCUCCUGGCCUUGCUAGGAUCUUGGCUGCCAGUGGCUCAGAGCAGGUGGGGUAGGCGUGGCCAGGGGUGCCCCAUAGGGGCCCUGACCCUGUGGCUUCGUUCCCCCGUCUCCUGCCCCGCUGCCCACGAGGGCCCCUGGACUAGCUGGGCCUAGGACCAAGGUGCCUGGGCGGGCGGCCUGUGUGGAGACGCGGCUGCUGGCGGAAGGCUGGGUGUCCCGCCCCGCUCACCUCUUCAGUCGUAAUAAAAAGAAU